CCCAUUUUUUUGCGGGAAGCGCGACGCCACACGCCCAAACCCUCCUCCCCCUACCAAAACCCUCCUCCUACCAUGGCCGCGCCGCCUCCUCCGCCCGCCGCCGCCGCCGCCGCGGCAGGACCCACGCCGCCCGCGCAAGUGGUCGGCAACGCCUUCGUCACGCAGUACUACAACAUCCUCCACCAGUCCCCGGAGCUCGUCUUCCGCUUCUACCAGGAGGCCAGCCACAUCGGCCGCCCCGCCACCGCCGGCGCCGACCUCGACACCGUCACCACCAUGGAGGCGAUUAACGAGAAGAUCACGUCCAUGGACAUCGCGCGGGCCGAGAUCAAGGGCGUCGACGCGCAGGACUCGCUCUGCGGCGGCGUCACCGUGCUCGUCACCGGACACCUCACCGGCAAGGACGACGUCUGCCGCGAGUUCGUGCAGUCCUUCUUCCUCGCGCCGCAGGAGAAGGGAUACUUCGUCCUCAACGACAUACUGCGCUACGUAGGCCAGGGGGAGGCCGCCACCGCCGCCGCACCGUCGCUGCCGCUCGCGGCGGCGCCGCCUCAGCAGCCGGCGCCGGAGUUCGAAGCCGCGGCUGCGCCUGCUGCAGCAGCUCUGCCCAACGGCACCGUUGACGCACCUGCCGAGACUGCCCCUCGCGACCUGGACGCGCAGCCGCAGCCAGAGCCGGAUCUGUCCGACCCUGCGCCUCACGAGGAGGAGGAUCCCAAGGAGGAGGUGUACAACCCACCCAAUGAAGUCGAGGUGCCUGUUGUCGAGGAGAUACCGGUGGCUGAGGUCAUAGAUGAGGUGCCAAACAAUGUGGUGGCAGCCUCCGUGCCGGUUUCCGCUCCCCCUGUACCGCAGGAGGAGGCCCCUAAGAAGUCCUACGCGUCGAUUGUCAAAGUCAUGAAGGCGGUCCUACCACCAAAUUCCGCUGUUCCUUACAGGCCUGCUCCACCGAAACCCGAGAAGCAAGCUCCUCCUGCUCCCGCUCCAGUCGUUGAUGCUCCAGCUUUCAGUCCCAACCCUGAGAGCAGCACCAUUCAGGAUCCAGAAGUUGAUGCUCUUGCGGUAUACGUAAAGAAUCUGCCCUUGCACGCCACACCCAGCCAAUUGGAAGAAGCGUUCAAGACAUUUGGUACUAUUAAACCUGACGGGAUCCAAGUUAGAAGCCACAAGAUUCAGGGAUUCUGUUACGGCUUUAUCGAGUUUGAGGAUGCAAGCUCAGUUCAAAGCGCACUAGCGGCUUCUCCUGUGACGAUAGAUGACCGGCCAUGCCACGUCGAAGAAAAAAGAACCCCUGGUUCACGUGGCAGUAGCAGAGGAAGGUUUCCACCGGGUAGAGGUGGUAACUUCCGAGGUGAAGGGAUGAGAGGCCGUGGUAGUUACACUGGCGGGAGAGGCUACGGAAGGGGUGAUUUCAACUAUCGAUCUGAAUACGGAGGCAGAGGCGGGGGUAGAGGUGGCUCAGCUCGUGGAGGUGGCGAAGUUGGCUACCAGCGGGUCGAUCACUCCAGCACCGGUGGUCGUGGUGGUGCUCGGGCAGCUGCGAAGUGAGUUUGUUAGCUAUGCGUUGGUAGAAGUUUGCUAUUUCAUUGUUGUUGGACUUACUAAGAUUCACAAAAAGAGUGUAUCGUGAGCUGGGUCAUAAAUUGAUGCUCUCCUUGUUUUGUGGCAAGGAAAGCAAUGGUGAUAUUGGUUACUAAUUGUAGAACAUUACGUCUAUUCAGAUGGAAGUCGUAGUAAGUUUUGGCAUUUUUUGA